AUGGCGUUUGCUGAUCAGCAGCGCUGGAUUACCGUCCAGCAAAAGACCUUUACCAAAUGGCUCAACACCAAGAUCGAGGCCAGGGGGCUGGAAGUGGUUGACCUGGUCAAGGACCUGAGCGAUGGUGUCAUGCUUAUCCAUCUGCUUGAGUGCCUGUCUCAAGAGUCCCUCGGCCGAUAUGCCGCCAAGCCCAGGCUGCGAGUGCAGCGAUUUGAGAACGUUAACCUGGGUCUGGACUUUGUCAAGUCGAGGGGAAUCCAGAUGACAAACAUUGGCGCCGAGGAUGUCGUCGACGGCAACAGAAAGAUUAUCCUCGGCCUGAUAUGGACCCUCAUUUUGAGAUUCACCAUCAGCGACAUCAACGAGGCCGGCAUGUCGGCGAAGGAGGGCCUUCUGUUGUGGUGCCAGCGCAAGACGGCAUGCUACGACGAGUGUGAUGUGCGGGACUUUAGCGGGAGCUGGAACGAUGGUCUCGCCUUCUGCGCCCUCCUGGACAUCCACCGGCCCGACCUGAUCGACUAUGAUGAGCUCGACAAGUCCGACCACAGGGGCAACAUGCAGCUCGCCUUCGACCUGGCGCACAAGGAGAUUGGCAUCCCCAAACUGCUGGACGUCGAGGACGUGUGUGACGUGGCCAAGCCCGACGAGAGGAGUUUGAUGACCUACAUCGCCUAUUGGUUCCACGCCUUCUCGCAGAUGGAGAAGGUCGAGAACGCAGGGCGCCGGGUAGAAAAGUUUGUUAACAACAUGCAGGGCGCCUGGGAGAUGCAGAGUGCCUACGAGAGGCGCAUGAGAGCACUGCUCGCCGCCAUCAGCGGGCAGGUUGAGGGCUGGCAGACGGCCAAGUUUGAGGGCACCUACGCAGACGCCAAGGCCCAGGCUACGGAGUUCUCGGGCUACAAGAGAGGCAAAAAGAGGGACUGGGUCGCCGAGAAGAGCGAGCUGGCGACACUGCUCGGUAACAUCAAGACAAAGCUCGGGACGUACAGGCUGAGGCCCUAUGAACCACCGGCUGAACUGAGCCUGGAGAACCUGGAUAGGGAGUGGGCAAAGCUCUCUAGUGCAGAGAUGGCCCGGGGACAGCUGAUAAAUGAGACCAUCAGGGACAUCAAAAACGCCCUCCGCAAGUCCUUUGCCGAAAAGGCAAACGAUUUCGCCAUGGCCCUCAACACCAUGCAGCUGGCCAUAUCAGGGCUGGAAGGCGAUGUCGAGGACCAGCUUCAUCACGUCCGCAAGCUGAGCGACAACCUGCCGCCGAUGGAUGCCUACCUCGUCAAGAUUGCUGAGGUCGACGCCAAGUGCCAGGAGGCCAACAUCGAGGAGAAUGACUUCACGACCUACACCUACGACGAGCUGUGCUACGAGCUGUCGCUGGUGCAGUCCUCCAUAUCCAAGAAGCUCUCCUUCCUCGACAACCAGAUGGUGGCGCGCAGCAUGACCAACCUCACGCCUAUUCAGCUUGAGGAGUUCGAAUCUGUCUUCCGCUACUUCGACCGCGACGAUUCCAACAACCUGCAGGAGAUUGAGUUCAGCGCGGCGCUUGCCUCCCUCGGCCUCGUCUACUCCGAGGACGAGAUGCACGACUAUUUUGUCGACGCCUCGGGUGGCCACGACCGCGUCUCUUUUGAACAGUUCAUUCGCUUCAUGGUCGACGUCACCGAGGACCAGAACACGGCCGAGCAGGUUUUCCAGUCCUUCCGCGAGGUCGCCGACGGCAAGCCCUACGUCACCGAGAUGGACCUCCGUCACUCACUUGUGCCGGAUGAGGUCAUCGACAAGCUGGUCGACAUCAUCCCCGUGCACACGGGGCCUGACAUGCAGUCGGACCGUGGCCAGCCACAGUACGACUACAUCGCCUUCAUGGACCGGCUGAUCACCAACGGCCGCGUGGGCCCGCGCGCUGACGGGGGAAAGAUCAAUGGGGUGCACUGA